AUGAGCUACCGAGAGCAAUUCAAGGACCUCCCUGGCGCGGCAACUGCUCCCGAUUCGAAGUGGCCUUCCAUGGAUAUCACUAGUGAGGUUGCUGUCUCGCGUGGUGGAUCGAGAGGAGGACGCAGUGGCCCUGGAUGGGAACGUGGUGAGAGGCAAUCCAGCGGGUCUGGACGCGGAUCACGCGGUGGAUCAGGCGGUGGCCAGUGGGCACGAUCUCAAGAUCUCCCGAAGCGAAGCGGUAGGGGAGAGCGAGGUGGCCGUGGCGGUCGUGGCGGUCGUGGUGGCCCUCCAGACCCGCCUCUUCUGGAUGGCCCUGUUAAGCCUUUGACUCGGUCAGCCAACCGCUGGAUCCCUACGAAGAACGCGUCGACCCUGGAAGUGACGAAAAAGAACGUGAACGGCAUCAUGAAUAAGAUGACGCGCGAGAAAUUCGACCGUCUGGCUGGGCAAUUGACUAGUAUCAACAUGGAAAGCCUGGAGAUGCUGCAAGCAGUCAUCAAGAUCAUUUUCGACAAGGCUGUAAGUGAGCCCAACUUCUGCGAUAUGUAUGCAGAUCUGUGCGUGCACCUGGAAUCCAACUGGAAAGUCUGGUCCUUCUUGAAGAUCGUCCAGAACGACGACGACAAGAUGUUUUACUGGACUGCGAUGUCUGAUGCGGACUCGGAAGUUGUUGGGCCGUUCGACGAUGUGAUCGGAGCCUUAGAAUCAGCCAGUGGAGAUGAGUUUGAACCAGUCCCCGCUCCUUCCAGCAUGAAACUGAAUGAGGUACGCGUGCGAGGCCACAAGUUUAUUAAGGUGUGGGUAGAGGAGGAUCCGAAGGAGCCUCGAUACUACUGGUCAGGCCAAGACCUGGAUGACCUGGGAGACGAUCAGGUGCUGAAUGGUCCUUAUGAAAGCCACGAGAUCGCUAGUCGUUUUGCUAUUAAGACGUGCUCUUUCAAGCGCAUCUUGCUGAAUGCUUGCCAAGAGGAAUUCGAGAAGGAUAACAUAUACGAAGAGCUGGAGAAUACCUUCAAGAAGGACAAGGAAGAAGGCAAAAUCACACCACAGAUGGAAGCUGACUACGAGGAGAAGCGCCUGAUCAUGAAGUUACGAAUGCUGGGAAAUAUCCGCUUUAUUGGAGAGCUGUACCGAAAGGGAAUGCUGCAAGAGCGUAUCAUGCACGAGUGCAUUAUGAAGUUGAUGGACGUUCGUCUCAACAACGAUGGGAUGAUGGUGUGUGUGCACCCGAACAAUCCUCCUGACGAGGAGAGCAUUGAGUCUCUGGCGAAGCUGCUGACUACUAUGGGUAAAGACUUGGACAAGCACGGAGCGCAGGGCUUCAUGCCGUCGUACUUCCACUAUUUGGAGAACAAGCUGGUGAAAGACAAACGCCUGUCUUCUCGUAUUACCUUCAUGAUUAAGGAUGUUAUCGAAUUGCGCCAGCACAGAUGGGAGCCGCGUCGAAAGGAAUUGAAGCAGAAGACAUUGAACGAGAUUCGGAAGGAGGCAGAGCGGGAGGCUCGUGCGCCGCCCAGUAGCGCACCCAGUGGAGGCGGUCGAGACCGUGACCAUUUCCGAUCAGAUCGUCGCUCCAACUCGUCUCGUGACGGCUUUAAUAGUGGUCGGUCGACUAUGGCGCCAGUGUAUCAGCAUUCGCAAUCAAUGAGCAGUCGAAGCAGUAGCAACAAGCAGAUGACGCUCCCACGGGGCAUCGGCGCGCGUGAUGAUUCAGUGAAGACCGGACCUUCGGGCAGACCUGCGGCCUUUGGGGUUAGCGCUCGACAAGGCGGACGUGGCCCAAGUGGAUCGCCUGCGAGCUUCCCUAGUCGUCGUGGUCCGGCUGUUGGUUCCAAGAAGCCUCAAUCUCCUGCCCCUCGUGCCAAGGUAAUCCCUUCACUUGAUGAUGAAGCUCACGAAAAGAUUGGCAAGAAGGCCAAGUCCAUUGCUGAGGAAUACGUAUCGAUUGAUGACUUGAAGGAAGCUGAAGCGUGCCUUGUCGAGGUCCAGAAGGAGUUUAAAAACCACGAAGACGUCAACCGUAUGUUUGCCUUUGAGGUAUUGAAGGAAGCUAUCGACGCCAAGGCGGAAGUUCGUGAGAAGAUGGUGGAUAUGCUCGAAAAGUUGAGUCUGGAGACCAAGACUCUUACAUUUGUAGGAAUUCGCUACGCCAUUGAGAAGACGAUUGAGCUGUGUGGUGAUCUGUGGUGCGAUGUGCCCAAGCUGCACGAGCACAUGUCUGAAUUUGUAGUGCGAUUCAUGAAGGGUUCUUCUCUUACGGGCGUUUCGGUGGAUUGGAUGCUGGGUGAAUGUCUGCAGUCUGUAGACAAUGACGCGGUGGAGGAACUAGUUGACGGCGGUUUCCUCGUGGCGGCUCUCGGUGAAAUUCUAAAGCUACUGCAGGCUGUAGAUGUGGACAAAGCCAGGAAAGAAAUCAGCGCUACGAAUGUGACGAUCCUCAGUUGGAUUAAGAAGUACGGGAUCGAGGACGUGUUACCGUUGGGACCUGCCUUUGGACUUGUGGAGCGUGUCAGCAAAAAUUCGUCGUAUGACGAAGUUGUAUCGUUCAUCACAAAGAACAUCCCGGAGGCAAUGCGCAACGACCCGCUCUUUGCGACAUACACGUGUCUGUUUAUCCUGAACCUGUCGAAGGAGGGAGAGCUGCCAUCUGCAGAGCGGUGCAUGCUUCUCAUGGGGUUCUGUGGCAAUACUGACACUCAAGUUCGACUAGUUUCGGCGAUUAUGCAGACGAAAAGUGACAGCGACGAAGUGAAGAAUCUCCUCAAGCAUUUAGUGAAGGAAGGCGCAGUGCUGGCCCCGGCCUUCAGCAAAUGGCUCGAGCUCAAGAACGAUAAUAGUGUGAGUAGGAAGCGUGCGCAGGAGGAGCUGGGUGAGUUUGUAGAGGAAUUGGCCCGCACGAAGUGAUCAUCCGACCUCGAGUCUGGCCUCGGAUGAGCUAAUCGUAGAAGUCAAGAAAGAGGAACGGACAUCUUAAAGUGAGCUUAGUGCGCUCAGGUGGCUGCUC